AUGGUGAGCAGACAACGGGCCUUUGAUUCCUUCACUAACCGUCUCAUCCUUCAUCAGUCCGUUAUAGACACCAUUGCUGGUGUCGUCUUCUUCUUGCAUAAGGUCAUCAGACCAGUCGAGAUGACGGUGUCUCUGCAAGGCAAUAUCUACGAUCAACUGGUGUGUCGUUUUAUAGCAUCAGACUAUCUCCUGUGGUCGGUUAAUGUAGUAUCAACCUACAACCUGGUCAUUAUAUCGUUAGAGCGACUCAUAGCAACUUGCUACCCGGUGAAGUAUCGCAAUACCUGGUCUAUAGGUAUGCUGAAGUAUGCUGUUGGGGCUUCAUGGGGUUUGGGGCUCGCCUAUGGUACCCAUAUGAUUAUUAUCUACACUGCCGAUAACGGACAUUGCCAUGUUGUAGAUAUGCAGCUUGGAAUACAGGUACUGGUUGGCGCAAUUGUUGUAGGAAUCGAAUUCUUCAUUCCUCUUGUCAUCCUGGUCGUCUCCUAUACGAAGAUUUUGAUCAUGCUGAGCAAGAAACUUGUGAAUGGCCGUCAGCAGAAACUCACCAAAGCAAAGAAGAAUGUACUUAUGACCGUUUUACUAUCCAGCAUCAUGUUCGUGAUCUGCUGGACACCAACUGAGUACGACUACAUGAAAGAACUAUUCUUCCCAGAGUUGUGGAACAAGACGGUUUACAUCGCCCUGACUGGACUAUUGGCCUGCAAUAUGUUUGUGAACCCCAUCAUUUACUGCUUUAACUACAAACACUUCAGGCGUCAAUUGAGUAUUCUUGUGGGUACGGGUUAUAGAACCAAUCGGGUAGAGGAUCAGCCAGUCCGGUCAGUGUCAAGGGACGUUCUGCAACAAAGUUCACAGGCACCACAUGUUGGCUUGAACGUCAAUUAA